AUGAAUGAUGCAGAUGUGAGGGGUAAAUGUGCAGCAUGUAAGUACCAAAACAACAUAUGUGAUGAGAAUUGUCCAUUAGCUCCAUUUUUUCCUUCCAACAAAGUUGAUGAAUUUGAUAAAGUUAUUCGACUUUACAGCAUAGACACUCUCAUAAAUAUGCUUAAUUCUGUUACUGCUAAUGAGGAAAAGGCAAAAAUGGCUGAAACCCUAAUUUUAGAGGCUAAGAUUAGAUAUGAAAAUCCUGUGUACGGAAGCAUUGCCGUUAUAGAAAAAUUGAAUUUAGAAAUUGAAGAAACUCAUAAGGAGCUUGACUUAGUACAAAAAACAACUGCUUUUUACAAAGAAUUGGGUGAAAGAUCAUCCUUGAACAAGAAAAAUGAAGAAAUCUCUACAAGCAGCACACAAAGGCAAGAUGUGAAAAAGGAUCAUAAUUUCUGA